AUGAAAUAUCUUAGAGAUGCAGUAAAUCAGAAAUAUCCCAAGACUUUUACUAACGUUAUCGAAUUGCACAUCACUAAAAUUAUACCUACCACUCUAUUCACCCGAAGCGGCGACGCAAACACGCUACUUUGUUUCCCUGAUGUUGCAAUUAUAUUAGACCUUGACCCGUUUUGCAUACUUACAACCUGGUAUGAUAUAGAUGUUAGAAGUAAUAGAUGCAGUAGUUGGUUUUUUGAAAGAAAACAACAAGAUGAUAUUAUGGGCACGUUCUACCAAGCUAACAACAAAAAUAUAAAAGAAAAAAUGACAAUACAUCCACAUAGUAAUGAUUGGUUUAAAAGAAGAUGCAAUAGCAGAAGCAAUGUCGGAAGUUCGGUAGAUACUGAAUAUGAAAACCUAUUACAAGGCCGGCUUCAUAACCUAUCAGGAUCAUCCACCGUGUCAUACGGUAAUAUUUUCGACAAGCAACUAAGUGGAUCUCACAGUUCCACCACUAACCUCAGGGCACAGAAGCAUUGCCCUAGUAGUGAGGAUAAUGCUUAUUAUGAUAGAAGCGGUCGUGAUGAUAGAAGAGCUCAUAAUUAA